AUGGAGAAUGCUCUUGAUUCGUUGGCAGCAUCUGGGUCGGUGGAUUUGUCAUCCAUUUCCAAGACUAUCCAUAAAUUUGUUCACGGACCACAUCUUAAGAAAGACAGUGUAUACAAGAGGUUGGAUGCCAUCAAUGAAUGCUUCUCCAAGGAUACUGCCGAAGAAAUGUUGUCAUCGUUGGAGGAAUUAGCUGCUAAAAAUGAAGAAAAAUGGAUCGUCCAUGCAAUUAAAUCCAUGACAUCAGUUUCUCCAACAAGUCUCAAAAUUUUCCUAAGGCUGGGUGGAAGAGCUCUCCUAGUUGAGAAAGGCAGACAACCCCAGUGGAUGCCUUCUAAACUAGACCUAGUCAGCGAUGAAAUGGUGGGAAAAUAUUUCUGCGAGGUUGAUAACGAUGAUGAUUGGGAGCCUUUACAUCUACCUCCAAGACCUGCUCCGGCAUACUUUGCACCGUCUAGACUCUGA